AUGGCUGACCAGCGCCCCGCUCCCCUCCGUCUCGGCACCGUUGCCCCCAACUUCAAGGCCGAGACCACCAACGGCCCCAUUGACUUCCACGAGUUCAUCGGCGACAACUGGGUCGUCUUCUUCUCCCACCCCGAGGACUACACCCCCGUCUGCACCACCGAGCUCGGCGCCUUCGCCAAGCUCGAGCCCGAGUUCUCCAAGCGCGGCGUCAAGCUGAUCGGCCUCUCCGCCAACACCCUCGGCUCCCACGAGGGCUGGAUCAAGGACAUUGAUGAGGUCACUGGCUCCCGCGUCGCCUUCCCCAUCAUUGCCGACAAGGAGCGCAAGGUCGCCUACGCCUACGACAUGCUCGACUACCAGGACACCACCAACGUCGACGAGAAGGGCAUCGCCUUCACCAUUCGCUCCGUCUUCAUCAUCGACCCCAAGAAGACCAUCCGCACCAUCCUCUCCUACCCCGCCUCCACCGGCCGCAACUCCGCCGAGGUCCUGCGCAUCGUCGACUCCCUCCAGACCGGCGACAAGCACAAGAUCACCACCCCCAUCAACUGGGUCCCCGGUGACGACGUCAUCGUCCACCCUUCCGUCAAGACCGAGCAGGCCAAGGAGAUCUUCCCCGAGGUCCGCAUCGUCAAGCCCUACCUGCGCUUUACCCCUUUGCCCAAGGAGAAGGCCACCGUCGCCUAA